AUGCGGGAAAUCCAGGAGGCUCAGAAAGAGCAGCAGGCAGCGUUGGAGAUAUUAACAAAACAGCUUUCUCAAGUUGCGAUGUUGCUGGCUGAGCUGAGGGGGAAUGAAGGAAAAAUCCUAGCUACUGUACAGACGCCUGGUCGUGAACACAUCAGCGAAGUGUCCCUGAGGUCAGGAAAAGUUUACCAAGGCCCCAGUUAUCCUGCAAUGUCUCCAGCAACUGAUUCUGGACCCAACCGUGAAGAAGAGGGAGGAUCCAGCAAAGUGGAUCAGGCGAAAGAAAAAGGCAAGGAAAAGGUGGGAGGUGAAGCUUCGGAAGAAAGUCAGAAAAAGGAAACUAAAAAGGUCAAGCCAUAUCCGUAUCGCAUAAUGGUAACAAGGAAGAAAGACGUCACAAUCGAUGUGGCAAGCAUGUUCAAGGACGUGGAGAUGAAGGUGCCGCUCUUGACGGCGUUAAAAAUGCCCCCAAUUAGUAAAUUCAUCAAAGACUACUUGGCGGGGAAAGUCAACGAGGAAGGGAGACUAAUUACAAAUGAGAACGUCUCUGCCGUGAUCCAGAGAAGCGACCUCCCCUCCAAGAAAACUGACCCUGGAAUGUUCACGCUCCCUAUUUCUAUCGGAGAUAUCCAAGUGGAGCACGCCAUGUGCGAUUUGGGGGCAUCUAUCAACGUUCUGCCAUACUCCAUCUAUCGGAAACUAGAAGCAGCCAAACUCGUCAACACUGGCAUAAUGAUACACGUGGCUGACAGAUCGUGUAUUCACCCAGAAGGAAUUCUGGAGGACGUUAUUUUAAAGGGGAAUAACUUUCUGUACCCAGCUAAUUUUUUUGUAAUCAAGAUGACGGAGCCCCCAGCAAAGGAAUUGAGUGGAGUCCUACUGGGACGACCAUUCCUGUCCACAGCCAGCACUGUUAUAGACGUCCGAAAUGGGACUAUAAUCCUGAAUUUUAAGGGAGAGCAGUACACGUUCAAUAUUGAUGAAGCCAUGAAGAAGCUAGCCGACGGCGAGAACGUGUACUCUGUGGACGCAACUGAACCAUUGGUGCAGGAAUUUCUGGAAGAGGAAUUCUUAAAGAGGAAAUUCACCGAUUCCGCUGCAGAUAAAGAGGUUGAAAAAAAAGUAGAAGAAUGGUUUGAGACCAAGAAGGUCGGAGAGAUGGACGACCAAGCCAUCGCAAAGGCAAUAACGGAUUUUUGCGAGCGUCCGAGGCCAGCUGGGUCAAGUGGGACAGCUUAA